CCCCCACCACCAACCUUCUCUCUCUAUAAUGACCGUUUCAUGAAUUUAACUCAAUGGUCUCAAAAUCAUACGGAGUAAUUAAUUAAUACGGAGUAAAACGUGAUCAGGUUAAGAAGAUAUUUUUGUUACUAAUCAAGUUGUUCAUAUCAGAAGAUUAGAAUGGCUUUCAAAAAUAUUCAUCUUGCACUAGCCAAGACUUUUGGGCUGGAAAGAUUUAUAAAGAGAGGUGGAAGAAAUAAGCAGAAAGGUGAGAGUGGUAGCGUGAAUCAUAAGAGGAGGAGGCCUCCUUCAUGGAUGACGCCGGCGGUAUCGCAUGGAUGCCAUACGGUGGAGAGAAGAUUGCCGGCCGCCACCGGCAGUCCGGAGGUGGUGGUGCAGCGGGAGCAGGGGGAGGAGGGGUGCGAGUGGUGGUUCUAUGGAGUUUUUCAUGCUCGGAUUGGCGCUGGACUUACAGAGUAUUUACAAGACCAUUUGUUCAAUGGCAAGCUUAAAGAGUCACAAAUGAGGCGUAAGAGCAAGCAAACAAUGAAGAAGGCACACCUCAGUGCAAGAGCGAAGAUCAUGAUGGACGCAACAGCAGAGGAGGACCCCUGCAACCUCGGUUCAGCAUCUGCGAUUGUGAUCAACGGGGAACGGCUUGUGAUCGCGAACAUGGGCGAUUACAAAGCUGUCAUCUGCAAAGAUGGUGAGGCCUUCCCAGUUGGUGGUACAAGGCCGCGCUGGCAGAAGAUGAACCACUGGUCCUGUAAAUUGUUUCCAGGAUCUAGAAAGCAGGCUGGUGAGUCUGGUGCUUUCAAGGAUUCUAGAAGCUCCGAAAUUGCUGUCAUGUCGGAAAGAAUAUAUGGCACCACUGAACUUGUCAUCCUCGCAAGUACUGGAGUAUGGGAGGUUAUGAAGGAGCAAGAGGCUGUGAACCUGAUUAGACACAUAGAGGACCCACAAAAAGCAGCUGAGUGUUUAGCAGAGGAAGCUUCAACCAGGAUGAGCAGAAGCAAGAUUGCUUGUUUGAUCAUUCGAUUUGACUGAAGCUGCAAAACAUCAUUCCUAAAGAUCAGAAUUGAAAGAGGGAAAGUGUUUAUCCAAGUCCUGCCAUGGUACAUGAUGCGCGAGGCACCGGCUAUCCCUUGCAUGCAAACAGAAUUUCUAGGGGAUUUAUUGUCCAAAACAACUACUAGUUUCAAGCAGAAUCCGUUCCAGACUUAAUUGCAAUCAACAUUAUAAAAAAGCGCUUGGUCUAUGAUCAAUUCGGAGCUACGCGGGAUCUAGAUGAAAAUUGAAAUUAUGUUGACUACAACUUUGAUAAAAAUAAAAUAAACAAAUUCUCUCUACAAAUAUGAAACUCAGUCCAGUUUAUGC